GUUUUUAUGUGCCUCCCAGUAGCAGCUAUAUGGGAUUUUAGGCUUCGUCCGCCACCCAUGGGCACAGGCUGCGCGUUAUGUCUAAGUGUUAGUACCUUUAGUCAGAUUGCUCUUUUCAACUCAAUCGUCAACAUCGCUACCGACUUCUUGCUCGCCCUCCUGCCUAUUCCGGUCAUAUUCAGUCUUCAAGUUCGAAUCCGCAUCAAAAUUAUGCUCGCUCUCGUCCUCUCGCUCGGUAUAUUUGCAUCUGUUGCUGGGAUAAUGAAGGCCCAUGUAAGCAAAACCAUUUUGAACGACCCCGAACGCUUCGUGCAUGACACAUUCUCCAUGUGGAACUUCAUCGAGCUUGAUGUCGGUAUUUUGGCCGCCUCUUUGCCUACGCUCAGGCCUCUGUUCAAUCGCUUUCUUGAAGCUGCGCGAUCAGCCGUACAGAGUCAGUCUACCACAACACCACGAUUCAGCUUCCGAGAACCUGGAUUGUCAAGCAAGGCCAUGGCGCCACCGACAUCUCGCGAUAUGGCCCUAGCGGUCUUGAUCCCAUUACCAUUCGACAUCGUAUCGACCAUCUUACGGUUCUGGAUCCGUUACAAAAGGAAAGCAUGGGGACCAGAUGACUGGGCUAUGUUGAUCAACUUGCCGUUCUGGUCGGUGAGUACCAUAGCCACAAUCGCUAUGGCUUGGAGUGGCGUUGGUCAGUACGAUGGCUCUUUGAGCGAGUAUCAAUACUCUAAUUCUUUAAUGUGGUUCUACAUUUUCCAAGAGCCGUGGUGCUUCACUCUCAUCGCGAUCAAGUGCAGCAUCGGAUUUGCCUUGAUUCGAAUCGCAAGCGGCAAGAAAUGGAUCGAGAUGGUCAUCUACACAUGCAUGUUGUCUUGUGCGAUCAUUAUGGGCGGGACGGGAAUGUACCUUUUCUUCCAAUGCUCGCCCGUACAAAAGAACUGGUAUGUUAAUAUGCCAGGGGCAUGUAAAGAGCGCACUAUUCAGACGGCACUUUCGUACGCCGUCGCCGUGGUGUCGAUAUCAACGGACUGGAUCUUUGCGACUCUACCCAUAUUCCUACUUUGGGAUGUACAACUAGACUGGCGAGUCAAAAGCUCCGUGAUAGCCAUGCUUGGUCUAGGAGUCUUCGCCUCAAUUGCUCCAAUCGUGCGUCUUAAGUUUCUCAUUGGCUUGAACGAUCCGAACAGGCUUCUACAGAAUCUCGGCGAGAUCCUCGCCUGGGCUUGCGCCGAGAUGAAUGUCGGCAUGUUUGUCGCCAACCUGCCCGCCUGCCGUCCCAUACUCACCAACCUCAUCUCGCACUUUUCGUCUUCGUUCCGAAGCCGGUCUGGAGCUUCACGCAAUUAUGGCUCGUCGAAGAAGCCAUAUGCCCGUGGCUCACUGCGUGGUGGCGAUCCCGCAUCGAAACACUGGAUGGAGCUUGACGAGCGACCAGAGAGCACUGGACUGAACAACCAUCUGGGCAAUAAAUCCAAGGAUGUGGGUGUCGAGACAAAAAUCUAUGGUGACUUGGAUGAAAUCAGCAAUAUAAGCUCUGAACGUGAUGACGGAAGCCAGAAGCGUAUUGUCAACAAGCGACCAAGUGGCGAUGGCAUUCAGGUUAACGUUCAGAAAGACUUCAAAGUCGAGAUCACUAGCGGGAAACAGUUACCACCGUUGCCUAGGCUGCGGUCGGAACCAGUCUGA